GGUAAGUCUGUGCCUUCGCGCCCUGUCAAGUGUCAUUUAGAAUUUGAUAAGUAAUUAUUUUCUGUGGCGGUCGAUUCCGAUACUUCCACAAAAGAAAAAGGCCUUCAAAAAUGUCAGACUCUCCCGCUCGCCCUAUGAAAUAUCCCUACACAUUUAGCGCCAAGAUCGCGCAGUUCCCCUUCAAGUUUUACGUACAGAACCAAUGGAUCUGGCGUUACUGGAUGAUCGGAAUCGCCGUUGCUUCACCCGUGUUCUACAAGAUCCACAAAAUGGCCAACUCUCCUGAGAAUGUCAGCAUGUGGGCAGAAAAGAAAAGGAAGGAAGCUGCAGCACACCAUUAACAUUCUAGACAACCUGUUCUUUAAUCAAAUAUAUUUAUUUAAGAAUAAAUAAAAUCAUGUACUAGUAA